AUGGCUUCACAACAAAUACCAAACCCAACUUCAGAGACUUCCUUAUCUCGAAGCUUACCGAUUCUAGAUUCAUCACUACCACAUACUUUCAUAAAGCCUGUAAAGAAAAUUCAUGAAGGUCACGAUGUGCCCCACUUCCUCACAUCAAAGGCCUAUACGGAUAUUGGUGUGUUUAUCAUGCAACUCAAUAUUGCUAUGUGUCCUAGGAAACCAUCUGAAAUCGGUGGAAAUCCUCAGACGUGGACACUCGAUUCUCCCUUGGAGUUAUCAGAACCCGUGAAGAAAUUACAAGACUUACUGCAAAAUAUUGAUGCUAUCAUUGAUGAAGCACCACCCGAUACAGGACCAAGAAGAUUUGGAAAUGUUAGCUUUCGAAAAUGGUACGAUUUACUGGAGACGAGAGUGAAGGACUUACUGAAGCAGUAUUUACCGGCUGAGGUCCUCCACUUUGGAGGUAGUUCUCCACAGGAUGAGGUAUCGGCUUUGGAUGAACUUACUUCUUAUCUGCUGGGUGGAUUUGGAAGUGCGCAGAGACUGGAUUAUGGAACGGGUCAUGAACUUAGCUUUUUAGCUUUCUUGGGAUGUAUCUGGAAGUUGGGUGGGUUCACAAAAACACCUUCAAAUGGGGGCGAGUUAGAGAGAAGUAUUGUGAUGGGUAUUAUAGAGCCUUACCUACGUGUAGUCCGACGUCUUAUUCUCACAUAUACUCUAGAGCCAGCUGGAUCUCAUGGUGUAUGGGGAUUAGAUGAUCAUUCAUUUUUGCCAUUCAUCUUUGGAUCUUCUCAAUAUUGCCCAGCUAUUACCAAUGAUGAAGCUAUGCCAGUUGAAGGAUCUUUACCAGAAUCUCCAAAUCCAGGAGACGUAGCUAGGAAAAUGACUGUUGAUCGAGAAAGGAAGAACAAUAUGUACUUCUCUGCAAUUGGUUUCAUCAAUGAUGUCAAAACUGGCGCAUUUUGGGAACAUAGUCCAAUACUUUUUGAUAUAUCCGGAGUACGAUCAGGAUGGGGAAAGAUAAACAAGGGAAUGAUCAAAAUGUAUAAUGCAGAAGUACUAUCUAAAUUUCCAGUGGUACAACAUUUCCCAUUCGGAUCAUUAUUUAGUUGGGAUCAAGACCCUCAUGCUGUAUCAGCGCCUCAAACCGUCCACACAGCAAAUCAACCUCAACCAACAGGUUCGGGCGGAACACCAACCACCCGACCAUCAGCACAAGAAGGUACAAGAGCACCAUGGGCUACCCCUUCACCAUCUCAAGGUAUACCACCCACAGCUGCGCCAUGGACAAAUCCAGGAGCCGCGACCGGUAUGCCUUCAACAAGACGAAUAAUACCUCCGACAUCUACAACGCCUUUCACAAGAUCAACACCUCCCUCGGGAUCACUCCCUCCAACGACAAACCCAUCUGUUCCAAAUAAUGAUGCAUCAACAUCUUCAAACGUACCACAUCCAGAUAAUAGACCAACACGUGCACCAUGGGCUAAAUAA